CGUACACCUUGAAUAGUUCGCAAAAAUACUUUUGUUUUAAUGAUGCUGUUGCUUAUUAUUGUCAUAAUCAUUUUAUAUUUAUACACUACGAGGAAUCAUAAUUAUUGGGCCAAAAGAGGAGUGAAACAUGAACGCCCUAUUCCGUUCUUCGGAAACCAUUUGCCCAAUAUUUUGCUGCAGAGGGAUAAUACAGACCUGGGCCUUCAGAUGUACAACGCAUACGAGAACGAGAAAAUCGUCGGAUAUUACAUCGGGAAUAUACCGCAGCUUAUCAUCAGAGACCCUGAGAUCAUAAAGCACAUGCUUAAUAUUGACUUCAAUAGUUUCAGCGAAAGAGGAUUGAACUUGAAUCCGAAGAAAGAAUCUCUUUUGAAUAAUUUAUUUUUUGUGAGUGGCGACAACUGGCGUCGCAUGAGGAACAUUUUCUCAGGAGCUUUCACUUCCGUCAAACUGAAAGCCGUGUUUCCAUUAAUUGUUAAAUGUACCGAUAAACUCGUGAAGAAGACGACGAUGCGACAUGUAAGUGACGAGAUCAAAACAUACGAACUGAUGACUGGAUACACAAUGGAGUUUAUAGCGUCUUGUGGUUUUGGUGUGGACGUCGAUACGAUUUCUGAAAGUAACAUGCACUUUGUGGAUGUUGCUAGAUCGUUUUUUGAUAAGACGAGUCUACAGACUUUCAUGAUUAAUCUUGAUGAAAUAUGUUCCAUUUUAAAAAUAAUACCCGGCACUUUUGAAGUUAACAGUGAAUUCAAUUCAUUUAUUUUAAACAUCACUAAGAAGGUACUGGCGGAGAGAAAUUUUAAGCCGAGCGAACGGAAUGACUUUGUGGAUCAUUUGCUACAAAUGGUAUAUUGGAAUGGUAAUGAAAAGCUAACAACUGAAGCUGACCUUGAAUCGGAUUCUUGGUUCGUUGCUGCACAGGUCUUUCUUUUUCUCGUUGCUGGUUUUGAAACAUCAGCUGUUGCAACUAGUGUAGUGUUACACCAACUCGCUUAUAAUCAGAAUCUGCAAGAUGAAGUGCGGAAGGAGAUAGAUUCUGCUUUGAAGAAGUACGAUAACAAACUAUGCUAUGAGGCAGUGUGCGAAAUGUCUCUACUGGAUAUGACCUUGAAAGAAUCACUAAGAAUCCAGCCACCAGCUGGUUUUAUUAGGCGAAGAUGCAUAAAGGAAUAUAAAAUCCCUGGUACAAAUAUAGCCAUUGAUCCCGGCGUGAAGAUUUUGAUUCCAAUCAAAGCAUUAAAUCACGACCCUAAAUACUUCGAUUGCCCAAGUGAAUUUCGUCCUCAAAGGUUCUCUCCCGAGGCUGAACAAAAUAUUCCGAAAUUCGUGUAUAUGCCAUUCGGAAGUGGUCCUAGAACAUGUCCCGGUGCACGUCUGGCAAGUUUGCAAUCAAUGGCUGGGUUAGCUUCCUUGUUACAUCACUUCGUCGUUGAACCAACGCCAAACACGAGCCGACACUACAAGAUCAAACGUUCUGCGUUUCUCGUUCAAAUUAUUGAAGGUGGAAUACCACUUUACUUUAAACCGAGAACAAAUAAAUAAAAACACUUAGUAAAUGUAUUAUGCAAAUGUAUAUCUAUUAUGCAAAUCAA